AUGGCUCCGAUGGGUAUCCGCCUGUCCCCUUUUGGCGUGGCCGUCUUCUGCCUUCUAGCAAUCGGCAUUUUAUAUCAUAUUUACGCCGGGGUUAUCUCCAGCAGACUGGCUGCUUUCAGUCAAAGGAAGAACAUAGAUCUGAGAGAACUUUUGGCAGUAUCGGUGGAGGCUGCAGUACUUGGAGGCAAACAAGUGACAAAAGUACGUGAGGAAAACAGUCUGAAGGAGCAGUCAAAGGGGAAGACAAAGGAGGGGGCCAGUGAGCUUUUGACCAUGGGGGACCUACUGUCUCAUCGAAAAAUGUACAACCUUAUGAGGAACACCUUCCCAGAGAUCACGGUGAAUAGUGAGGAACAUGACAACGUGGUUGAUAAAACCACAAUCUGGAGCCGGGACAUUCCAGCAGACAUACUAAAGAAGAUCGAAGGGCGCAAGGAAGUUCCUGCCGACAGUGUCACUGUAUGGAUUGAUCCUUUAGAUGCCACGCAGGAAUACACAGAAACAUUGGUCAAGUAUGUGACAACAAUGGUAUGUGUGGCUGUUGGAGGUAAACCAGUCAUUGGUGUAAUACACCAGCCAUUCACAGGCUUCACUGCAUGGGCGCUUGUGGAUCAGGGAUCCAAUAUGACUCCUCGCUCAUCCUAUAGUGUUAAUCCUCCUAAAGUAAUUGUGUCCCGUUCCCAUUCAGGGAAAGUUAAAGGCUUUAUUCACAAUGCGUUCGGCAAUAACACCACAAUUAUAGAAGCAGGAGGAGCAGGCUAUAAGGUCCUGUCACUCUUGCAGAUGCCUCCAAGUGACAAGGAGCCAAUGGACCAGGCAGAUGUUUACAUUCACAUAACUUUCAUCAAGAAAUGGGACAUCUGUGCCGGUGCAGCACUACUAUCUGCACAUGGGGGCCACAUGACAACUCUCAAGGGAGAAGAGAUUGACUACAGUGGGACCCCUCUUAACAAAGGAGGACUGGUGGCCAGCGUAGGUAUUGACCAUCAGGCCUUGUUGGAAAAGCUGCCAAACUGGGAUCCCGAUAAGCAGUGA